AAAAGGCCGAGAUACGAGCGUUGGAGAAAAGAGGCAGUUGAGCGAUGACGUUGCCCAACGUGAGUGCAUACACGCCUCGUCCGAGUGCCAGCCGCGCCGCCGCCUCGCCACUCCCGGUCCUUGCGCCGUCACCCGCUGCCAUCCUCGCGCUCGUGCGGGACCAUCCGCUCUAUGGGCUCCUCCAGCGGGUCUUUGUGUUGCUCGAGACUCCGCCCGAGGCAGCGACGGCGCAACCAAGCUUGCCCUCCAAGCGCGAGCUCGCCAAGCUCAUUGCGCAGGCGCAGGCGCCAACCCAUGCGAUUGUGACACCGACACUCCUCGUGUUUUUGACGCUGCAGCUGCGGAUGCUCCGAUACUUUGAGGUGGUGUUGCAGGCGCGGGGGCGGCGGUUCUCGUCGUCGGCCGACUCGAGUCCCACGCACAAGGCGAGCGACGACGACGACGCAACGAUGCUUGAGGACGAGAAGAAGCUCAAGCGCGCGCGCCUCACGCGCCGCUCGAACGAGUUUAUGACCGCGUGGUUCCUUGCGCACAAGGGCAACCCGUACCCGUCGGCGAAGGAGCGCAACGAGAUUGCGAGUACGACGCAGCUCAGCGAACUCCAAGUGCGCAACUGGUUUGCCAACAUGCGCAAGCGUCAUUGGAAGCCGCAGAAUUCGGACAAGAAGCCCCGCUGCCUCCUUGACCUUGUCCUGCGUCGGUCGAGUCCGUGAUGCUUUGUGUUGGAGAGCGCAUUGAGCAAUAAACGACGGUUCCUGCAGUGCUUC